AUGAUCGGAGACGUUGAGAAGAUGAUCGCGGUGGGCCUCGUUUGGGGCGCCACCAACGCCCUAAUGCGCCGCGGCGCUCUCCUCUGGGACCAAGCCCUCAAAUCCUCCUCCUCGGCCCAGGCCCAGGCCCAGCCCGGCCGAAUUCACCACAAGCUUCUCACUUCCCUCAAGAGCUGGCUCAAGCUCCUCUCGAUCUGGCAGUACACAGUCCCCUUCUUCGUUAACCUCUCGGCCUCCGCUACUUUCUUCGCUAUACUCAGCCACACCCCAAUCUCCUUGGCCGUGCCAGUCACCAAUGCGACGACGUUUGCCGCCACUGCCGUCUUUGGGUGGCUCUUGGGGGAACAGACCCACCUCGGCCUCGCUUUGUUCGGUACGGCUUUGAUUGUUUUGGGAAUUUGGCUUUGUAUCACGUAA